AUGCCUGCCUUCAACAUGAUUGUGGUAGGGUCUGGGGGAGGCCCAGACGAGACCAACCUAUCUUCUUACUUGAUCAAGCCCGCUGAAGCCUCAUGGGACGAGGGGGUGAUUGGGUUGGAAGCAGGAUCAGGCCAAGGGGCUCUGAACAAGAUUCUGAGCCAGACUCCCGAGUUCUGGCUUGAUAAGGAGGGGGAUCAGGGUUACACUGCAGCUCAAAUAUACACCUUCGUUCGCUGUUAUCUCGUGACACACGCCCACCUAGACCACAUUAGCAGCCUUAUAAUGUCUGCUGGUUCCUCUACGGAUCGUCUGCGGAAACGAAUCUACGCUUCGGAGCAAUGCCUGCAAGACCUUGAAAGCGUGUUCUCAAAUCGCAUCUGGCCUAACCUCGCGUCGUGGAAGACAGACGACGAGAAUUACAAAUACCUGUACUCACCACUUGUUCCAGACGGGAAAUACAAGACCAUCCAUCCCCAAGUGUCGGCGCGCAUCAUGCCACUGAGCCAUGGUCGCGUCAUUGACGAAACCGAAGGCGAAUACACGUCGUCUGCUUUCUUCGUUCGCAACGAUUCCUCGGGCCAUGAGUUCCUUUUCUUCGGCGACGUUGAGCCAGAUUCUCUCGCCCUCAUCCCGCGCACGACAGAAGUAUGGCGCGCGGCGGCCCCGAAGAUCCCCGCCAAACUCUCCACAAUAUUCAUUGAAUGUUCAUGGCCGUCUGGUCGACCGAACGAUAUGCUCCACGGGCAUCUCUCGCCCGAGCAUCUCGUGUGCGAACUCACAGCGUUGGCAGUCGAAGUCGCCAAAGUACGCUUGACAGCAACCCAGGCUGCCACUGCUAACCAGAAUGCCAGCCCAGGCCCAGCUCGCAAGCGGCAACGGCGGAAUCCGCCUCCGUCGAUUGACCUCAAAAAUAUCCUACGCGGCCUUCGCGUAUAUAUCAUACAUACUAAAGGGUGUGCUAGCGAUACCCCGAAAGUGAUCUUGGAGCAAGUCAAGCAGCUUGUCCUCGAGAAAGGUCUUGGCGCUGAGAUCCUGCUGGCUGAACAAGGUAUGCGCGUCGAUAUUUGA